AUGCCUCUGUACGCGUACGCGAAGCGUCCGUACACCAACUUGAAGCCUUUGACGGACCGCAUCCAGUCGCCCUUCAUGGAGAUGGACGGGGUUCCAGGCUGCUUCCAGCCCGGGUUUUUACACUCGCCGGGAUCCAGGCGUUCGCAAAGCACAUCUAGCUUGGCGUCGUACGACGACCUGCUGUCCAUCCGCGAGUCGCUGUCGUCAUCGUCGGACGACUCCGACUCGCUGUCUUCAUUGUCUGGCGGUGCGAGCGACAUUCACGACGACGACCAAGACACAUCCGCUUUCUCGCUUCGCGCGCACAUCACCUCCGAGUGGGACCGGAAGUUCCAGGAAGGGUUGUUCCGUUACGACGUAACGGCGUGCGAGUCCAAGGUUAUCGAGGGACGUCUGGGCUUCAUUGCGAAGCUGAACGAGGGGCGGCACUCCAAGAAGCGUCCCUCCGAAUUCCCUAUGGACAAGGUGCUGCAGCCGUUUGACCCCUCGAAAUUCAACUUCACCAAGAUCGGCCAGAAUGAGAUGCUCUUCCGUUUUGAAGAAGGCGAGGAAGAGGAAAGCCGCUUCAAUGAAGAGGCGGUUGUGGAGGAGAGCCCCAGCAUCGUAGCCGUCAAUGUGUCCCCCAUUGACUACAGCCACGUGCUGCUGGUUCCUCGCAUCCUCGAUAGAAUUCCCCAACGUAUAGACGAGCCGAGUCUCCUCAUGGCUCUCCGGCUAGCCUCGGAAGUCAACGACCCUGCCUUUAGGAUCGGAUACAAUAGCCUCGGCGCAUUUGCAACAAUCAACCACCUGCACUUCCAAGCCUACUUUCUCGACAUGCCCUUUGCCAUUGAGCGUGCAUCUUCUAAGGAAGUUGCAGUUUCAACAAAUGGGUACAAGGUUGAAGAGUUGACUGAUUACCCCGUGAAAACGCUGGUUUUCCAGGCGGGUGCAUGCAUCGAGCAGAUGGCGUCAGCUGCUGCGGCGGCAUGCUGCGAGCUCCAGGAAAGGAAUAUUCCCUUCAACUUGUUUAUCGUUGACAAAGGCACCCGGCUGUUCCUCAUUCCACAGGUGCGUUUCUUCUCCUUGUUCAUCGUGGUGUCUUGUUAUAAGCUGGUCUAA